AUGGGACCGCCAUUGCAUGACGACCCAUCUAAACAAAGAGCCAAAAUCAAGAGGCAGUGGUAUCGCCAGCUGAAGAGCCUAGUGUCACUGCUAGAUGAAACCCCAGACCGUCGUCUACUAGACCGCGCCGAGCAGCAGCACUUGGGAAUCCGCCUGCUCAACUCCUCCUCUGCUGGCGUUGACGAUUCGCCAUAUCCUGAGCCUGAGAUGCGAUACUUUACGCCAAUUCUUCCCGAAAACCUUCCUAUUAGCCCCUGUUGUCCAUCAUUUUGGACCGGUAAAGGAGCUUCACCUCAUAAAUCUCUCUGGCCCCCGACUCCUUUGCCUUACCCCUUAGGCGAUAAAGAGUUGGAGGCUUACUAUGAUGGGUGGGAUUUGUCUGCCCUCAUAACAAGUCAUUUGGGUACACUGCACUCCGGGGGUUUCAACUCACCAUGGAAACGCACAGAUUCUGGCGUGCCACGCCGUCGGGGUGCUAUAUAUUGCGAACGUGGCGGCGAGCAACAGUUUCUUGUUCGUGAUGUGUUUGACAUGUUCUCAAAGCGGAAACCACAUCAGAUCCUUCUCAUGGUAUCGUCCCAUCCGAUAGUAGAGGGUGACUCCCUUCUUCGAUCCGAACUUCUUGCGAUGACCAGUUACAUGAAAUGGAAGAUGCGGGUGAUGGAGCGUGAGCAGUCUCUCGUGUGUCCGGUUAUGGUGAUCUCAAUUAUGACACCAUACAAAGUUCGCAUUCUCCAAGGUCACUUCGAUGGAGUUUUAAAUGUCCAUGUGAGCAAGGUGUUUGAUUUUGCUGUGGAUGACCAUGAGCCUGUGAUGAAUACUAUUAUUGGCUAUCUCGUAUCAAUACCACAUGGAGAUACGGCUCUUAGCACGCGGUUUCCUAUUUUGCGACACAAUGUUCAUGUUAGCGAUGAUAAUAAUGAGAAGGAUGCAGACGAGGCUAAGAAGGAAGCGGAUAAGAAGGAAGCGGAUAAGGAAGCGGAUAAGAAGGAAGCGGAUAAGGAAGCGGAUAAGGAAGCGGAUAAGAAGGAAGCGGAUAAGGCAAAGGAGAAUGAAAUGGCUGAGACCAGAGCUUCUGAGUCUUGA